AUGGACGUCUCCAACGCCUUCCUCCAUGGUCACCUGGAGGAGCAGGCUCCGCGCGCUUGGUACAAGUGCAUCGCGGCGUUUCUCCACCAGCUUGGGUUCCGCUCUACCCGCUCGGACACCUCGCUCUUCGUCUAUCAUCAGGGCUCUGACACGGCCUACUUGCUGCUCUAUGUCGACGACAUCAUACUGACAGCAUGUACGGCUGGUCUCCUCAGUCAGCUCACGGCUCGUCUUCGCGCUGAGUUCGCCAUCAAGGACUUGGGUCCUUUGCACUACUUCCUCGGUGUCGAGGUGGUGCACCGUCCGGAUGGCUUCUUCCUUCAUCAGCGGAAGUACGCUCACGAGCUCUUGGAGCGCGCCGGCAUGCUUAAUUGCAAGCCCGCCGCUACGCCUGUUGAUACGAAGGCCAAGCUUUCUACCACGGAUGGUUCUCCUGCUUUGGAUGCUGCUUUCUAUCGGUCCAUCAUUGGUGCUCUCCAGUAUGUCACUCUGACUCGACCGGAGAUCCAGUAUGCCAUGCAGCAGGUGUGUCUUCAUAUGCAUGCCCCUCAAGACGUUCACUGGGCUGCCGUCAAGCGGAUUCUCCACUAUAUCUGUGGCACUAUGGAUCUUGGCGUCACGCUUCACGCCUCCGCCGACACCACCCUCACCGCCUACUUCGAUGCAGACUGGGCGGGCUGCCCUGACACUCAUCGCUCCACUUUCGGGCUAUUGUGUCUACCUUGGACACUCACUUAUCUCGUGGUCGUCCAAGCAGCAGCCUACGGUCUCUCGUUCCAGUGCUGA